UUUUUAGUGCAUAAAUGCAUGCAUAUUCAAGACUUUUUUAGUGCAUGAAAUUCACAGCCCUGAUUAUAAGAAUACCCACGAUGCGAAAUAUGUGCGACUUUUAUUUCUGAUAAUAUAUGAUAGUGACAGACUUGAAAACCAAAUGGAGACACAUAAGAGACCAUUACUCAAAAUUUAUAAAUCAGGGGAAAAGUGGUGAUAGUGCUAAAAAAAAAAAAUAUGUAUAUGCAGAAUCACUCUCAUUUCUGCAGCAUGUAAUCAAAAAGAGAAGAACGACAGGUAAUUUUGAUGAAAAUGUACAUGAAGAAGGAGAAGGAGAAAAUAUCAGCGGAGAAGAUUCGUCACACGAGCUAGAGAUAUAUGAUGAAACUAUACCAGCUCAAUCGGAUAGAUAUUCUACUCCAAAAAGUAAAAAACAAAAUAAAUGCAAGGUACAAAAAAUAACACAAUUUCAAAGAGAAUUAUUAAAAAAUUUAUCUACUUCCGAGGAAGAUGUCACAUCUGAUCCUGAUAAGGCAUUUUUAUUUUCCUUAUUACCCGAUUAUAAACGUCUUAACUAUGAGCAAAAAACAGAUUUUCGUCUCAUGACUUUACAGUAUUUUAGGAACAUAUCAUUAGGAUCUAAUCAAUUACAACCAACUCCGCCAUCUUAUAACAUUAAUCAAAACACUACUCGAAUUCCCCCGAUCCAAACUCAAUAUUCAAAUGUAUAUUCUUCAGAGUUCAACCCUGGUUUGGGGUACAAUCAAAAUCAUAAUCUUAUGCCACAACGCCCACAACCCUUGCCAUAUACUAGCUCAUAUAAUUAUACAUCUGAUCAAUCUCAACAACCUAAUACCAGUGGAGAAAUGUACGGAAAUUUUGAUAUUAUAAAUAAGUAGAGGUAGGUAAUAAUAUUAUAUUUACUGCAAUUUAA